AUGCAGGGACUGAAGUUGCUUGUCCUGCUUUCUAGUUUAUGGGGAAGGGUCUUUGGGCUUACCAACACCCAGCAUUCACGGACUGGACCUGAAGAUGAAACCUCCCCAAUGACUCUUAACUCCACUUCAGCUCCUCUAAGUGAAGGACUGAGCCUCCAAGAGCUCUCGGCCACUCAGAAUCCAUCCUCUAAGGCAGCUGCAGCUCCUGAGAGACCUUUGGAAGACAUGCUGCUCCAAUCAACACUGCAGACCUCUGAGACAAGCACCCCACCUGAGGGGAGAAGAAAUCAAACACUCACGCCCCUUGAGAAGACAGGGGCAGUGAUGGGACCGUUGCCCCUUACUCUCCAGAGCAAAGGCAUCAUUCAGCCCAGCCCUGGAGCAGAGAGGGUGGUGCUGGCUAACGCCACAUGGAAAUUCCUUCAGAGUUUUUCUGGAAAGUCCAGUCAACAAGCAAUCUCCCCCAAGUCGGCUGGAGACAUGGGAAACAGGUCCCCAAGGGAAACGCAUCUCAGCAAAAGUGACAGCAGUGGAAGUCAAAGACCCACCAGCUAUCAAAAAUCCAGUUUUGAGACAACUAGAGGAAAGAAUUGGUGUGCUUAUGUACAUACCAAGUUAUCUCCAACUGUAAUACUGGACACUCACAGCUCUUAUAUGCCAAAUGGAAGAAGAUCCUGUGGCUGGUCCAGCGGACUCUGUUCCCAAAGAUCUCAGAAGACAUCCAAUGCUGUCUAUAAGAUGCAGCAUAAGAUUGUCACCUCAUUAGAAUGGAGAUGCUGUCCUGGAUACAUAGGGCCAAACUGUCAGCUCAAAGUUGAAGAACAGCAACAACUGGCACACAGUAACCAGGCUGAAAGUCACACCGCUGUUGAUCAAGGAACAGCCCAGCAACCCCAGCAAGAACAGAAGCAAGACUAUGGAGACCCAGCUGUGAUUCAAAAACUGGCAGAGCAAAUGAGCCAGCAGUCAAGGAAGCUGACACUUCUGCAAAAGAAGGUUGACAAUGUCUCUCUGGCUGCAGAUGACAUGAGGAAUGCAUACCUCUCCCUAGAAGGGAAAAUCGGUGAAGACAAAGGCAAGCAACUCCAAUCUCUUCUAAAAGCUCUAAAAUCAAAAACCAUUGAUGAUCUACUAAGGAAUAUAGUAAAAGAACAGUUUAAGGCCUUCCAAGAUGGCAUGCAGGAAACCAUUGCCCAGCUCUUCAAGACUGUGUCAAGUCUAUCAGAGGACCUGGAAAGUACCAGACAGGCAGUUUUACAAGUGAAUGAGUCCUUGGUUUCAGUAACAGCCCAGCAAAAGUUUGUUUUAAUGCAAGAAAUUCAACCCACAUGGAAGGACAUCACAGAUUUAAAGAGUAGCAUCACAAAUGUCAGGCAGGAAAUGGCCUUGGUCUGUGAGAAGCCUGUCAAGGAACUAGAAGCAAAGCAGGCUCAAAUGGAAGGAGCUUUAGGAGAGGAGCACUCACAACUUGUUCUGUACCACCAAUCCCUCAAUGAAACUCUCUCCAAAAUGCAGGAAGCAUACUCACAGCUGUUCUCAGCUCAACAAGUAUCAGGAACAGAGAAUGUUGCCAUUGAGGAAUCAGACAGCAGUAAUGCCACGAAGUAUAUCUCUAUGCUACAAAAGACAGCAAGCAAGCAAGGUCUGAUGUUGCUGCAGAUGUUGGGAGAUUUGCAUGCCCAAGAGAGCAAGAUCAGCAACCUCACUAUUCGUUUGGAGAUGGAGAAAAAAUCAGUCAGGGGAGAAUGUGAAGAAAUGCUAUCUAAAUGCAGGCAUGACUUUAAAUUUCAACUUAAGGACACAGAGGAGAAUCUACAUGUGUUAAACCAAACAUUGUCUGAGGUUAUCUUUCCCAUGGACAUCAAGGUGGAUAAAAUGAAUGAGAAGCUCAAUGAUUUGACCUAUGACAUGGAGAUCCUGCAGCCUUUGCUGGAGCAAAGGUCGUCAGUUCGACAGCAGGUUAUACGUGAACCAAAGGAAACCACAGUUACACGCAGAGAACUACAAAACGUGAUUGGUGCUAUCAACCGCCUGAAUGUUCUUACUAAAGAACUUACAAAAAGGCACAACUUACUCAGAAAUGAAGUGCAGAGCCAAAGCGAAGCCUUUGAAAGAAGCAUCAGUGACCAUGUCUUGGAAAUGGAAGAUGGCCUAAAUAAGACAAUGACUGUCAUAAACAAUGCCAUAGAUUUCAUUCAGGAUAACUUUGUGUUGAAGGAGGAUUUGAGCACUUUGACAGAUAAUCUCAAGCUUCAUGAGGGUAACCAAAAUAUAGAAUCCAUUUUGGCAUUUAUUUCUGAGUUCCAGCGUCUGAAUGAUUCUAUUCAGACUUUGGUCAAUGACAAUCAGAAGUAUAAUUCUGUUUUGCAAAUUGCUAAAGCCCUUUCAACUACUUCCAAAGAUAAGAAAUUAAGUCAAUUAAACUUUCAAAAUAUUUAUCAAAUGUUCAAUGAAACCACUUCCAAGGUGAACAAAUGUCAGAAAGACAUUGGUUAUUUAGAAGAAAAUGUACUCUCAGCAACAAAGAUUGCCAAAGAGUUUGAAACUCGUUUACAAGGCAUUGAAUCUAAAGUGACCAAGACACUCAUACCUUACUAUAUUUCAUUUAAAAAAGGUGGCAUGGUAUCAAAUGAGAGAGAUGCUGAUCUUCAACUGAAGGUGUUAAAUUCCAGAUUUAAGGCACUGGAAGCAAAAUCCAUCCAUCUUUCAGUGAGUUUCUCUUUGCUUAACAAAACUGUUCAUGAGCUUUCUACAUGCUGUAAUGCUUCCUCAAGUACAGUUGGGCAGGAUGAUCCCUUACCCAUGUGGACCAAAGGCCACCUGCCAGACAGUCUCACAGAACUUGUAGACUCAAUAGUUAAGAUAAAAACUCAAGCUGCUCUAUCUAAUUUAACUUCACAUGCUGAUCGAUUGUUGUCUGACAGUCUGGCAAAUAUGGUCAAACCUCAGAAGCAGGUAAAAUUGCAGAAGAAACCCAACGCACUUAAGAAAUCAGUGAACAUGACUACCAUCCUGAUAGGCCGAACACAAAGAAACACAGACAGCAUCAUAAAUCCUGUAGCACAGGAACAUUCCAGCUGCAGCAGCUUCCCAUGCCAGAAUGGCGGCACGUGCAUCAGUGGGAUAGCUGGCUUCAUCUGCGCUUGCCGGCACCCUUUCACGGGUCACACCUGCACUGUGAAGAUCGCGGGAGAAAAUGCCCUAGCACCAGAUUUUUCCAAAGGAUCUUACAGAUAUGCUCCAAUGGUGGCGUUUUUCGUAUCUCACACUCAUGGAAUGACAAGACCUGGACCUAUCCUGUUCAAUGAUCUAAGCGUCAAUUAUGGGGCUUCAUAUAACCCAAGCACUGGCAAGUUCAGAAUCCCAUACCUUGGAGUGUACAUAUUCAAAUAUACUAUUGAGUCAUUCAGUCCUCAUAUCUCAGGGUUUUUAGUGGUAGAUGGAGUAGACAAACUUAGAUUUGAGUCUGAAAAUACUGACAAUGAAAUGCCCUGUGAUAGAGUGUUGACUGGGGAUGCCUUAUUUGAAUUAAAUUAUGGGCAAGAAGUGUGGCUGCGUCUUGUAAAAGGAACAAUUCCAAUCAAAUACCCACCUGUAACAACAUUUAGUGGUUUCUUGUUAUACCGAACCUAA